CCUCUUGGACUAUAGAGAGGGUUUAGAGAGCAAUAUUGCCUCUUGGACUAUAGAGAGCAAUAUUGCUGAGCUAUAUACGAGAUAACAGAUGUGAAGUGGAUAAGAAUAAGUGGGAGAGAACAGCAAGAAGCCAUUCGGCUAAAUUCUCUCAAAUUGUUUUUGCUUUGUAAUAUCGGUUUUCUCUUCCUAUUGUAAAUGUCUGAGCUUGGGUUACUUGGGUAUUUGGGAAAUUGAGUGAUAAAUACUAUUGAAUGUUCUCAUUGAUUAUAGUGGAAUACUCUGUCGUCUCUAAACUGGAUAUAGGCAUUGCUGAACCAGUAUAAAUCUUGAUCCAUCUCAUGUACGAAAACAAACGGGGAGUUCAAGUUUGGAUGAUAAAACGAAGGUGCAAGAGUGGAGAUCUGCGUUGGCGAAAGUGGUAGAUUUCUUUGGAUGGAAUUCUAAGGACUGUUGGUGGAGAAACUACACAUAUACAAGGAUAUUAGAGAACUUGUUGUUCUUGAGUUUCUUGUUCAAGUAUCAUUGGAUCUCCAACUAUUUCAUCUUCCUGUACAGAUUGCGUGCUACUCAAGUCAAAGCUAGAUUGGGAAGACAAGAUACAGAGAUAAGCAUUUCAUCUACGUGUCUUUGAUCUCACAAGGAAAUGGAUAUUGUUAUUUCAAUUGCGUCCAAAAUUGCAGAGUCCUUGGUGACACCAAUAGGCAGAGAAUUUGGCUAUUUGAUUUACUAUGAUACCAACAUGAAAGAUCUAAAGGAUGAACUUAAACAGCUUUUUGAGAUGAAAGAUGGGGUGCAAGAAUUGGUUAAUGCUGCCAAAAGGAAUGGUGAAGUUAUCAACUCUGAUGUUCAAAGUUGGCUAACAAGUGUUAACAAGUUAAUUCAGAAAGUGUCGCAUUUUGAGGAAGAAGUCAGCAUGAAAAGGCGAUGCUUGUACCGGUGGAACAUAAGUAGGAAAGCCACUAAGAUUACACAAGAUGUUCGUCAUCUCCAAAAAGAAAGAACAUUCAAUAAUAAUGUUGCCCAUCCUGCACCUCCACCGAUGAUAUGGUCAACAUUCAAAGAAGGUUUUAAGGAUUUUAAAUCCAGAAUGACAUGUGUGAAUAGCGUGAUUGAGGUUUUGAAGAAUGAAGAAGUUAGAAUGAUUGGGAUUUGUGGUAUGGGUGGUGUGGGUAAAACCACAAUGGUGAAGGAAAUCAUCAAAAGAUUGGCAGGAUUGAAAGUAUUCGAUAAUGUUGUGAUGGCAGUUGUGUCCCAAAGCCCAAGCAUUCGAAAGAUUCAAUCAGAAAUUGCAGACGAGCUGGGAUUUACAUAUGACAGGGAGGAUAGCGAAACUGGAAGAGCACGAAGGCUCUACGGAAGACUCAAGCAAAUAAAUAAGAUCCUGAUUGUAUUAGAUGAUGUGUGGACAGAGCUCGAUUUUGAGGCUAUUGGACUUCCUUAUGGACCUCAUAAAGGGUGCAAAGUUCUAUUGACCUCACGAAACUUGGAAGUGUGCAAUGCAAUGGGAAGUCAAGAAAUUUUUACAAUCCCAGUUUUAACACCAGAGGAAUCAUGGGAACUCUUCCGUGAAAUGGUAGGUGAACCCUUGGACUAUCCUGAUUUGGCAAAACAAGUCACGAAUGAGUGUGGAGGUUUACCUAUUGCUAUUAUAACUGUUGCGAAAGCACUAGAAAAUAAGAGGAAGCAUGAAUGGGUUGAUGCCCUCAAGCAGCUACAAAGUUCAGCUCCUGAAAGCAUCCCUUCGAUGAAUGACAGAGUUUAUUCAAACAUACGAUGGAGUUAUGAUAGAUUGGAGAGUGAUGAAGCGAAGUCAUGCCUUUUGCUUUGUAGUUUAUUUCCUGAAGAUUAUGAUAUUCCAAUUGAAUAUUUGGUUAGAUAUGGCUGGGGUCGAGGGUAUUUUAGUAACAUUGAUUCGGUGGACGAAGCAAGAAAUAGAGUGCAUUCUUUGGUUGACAAACUUCAAAGAAGGUUUUUGUUGCUAGAUAGUGAACGGAAAGACCAUACCAAGAUGCAUGACAUAGUUCGUGAUGUUGCCAUAUCAAUUGCCUCAAGAGAUCCACAUAGAUUUCUAAUAAGAAAUGAUGCGAAAAAGAAAGGGUGGCCAGAGAAAUACGACCAUUGCACAACAAUCUCAUUGAUACCAAUUAAUAUUUAUGAGAUCCCAGUUGGUCUGGAGUGUCCAAAACUUGAGCUUCUACACUUAGAAGACGAACAUUAUUCGUUAAAUAGCAUGGAAAAUGACAUGUGUGAAGGGAUGAAAAAGCUGAAGGUAUUAGGCAUGGGUGGGAUAUCAGCCUUGCCAAGUUCACUAGGAGUACUGAAGAGCCUUCGAACCUUGUCCCUAAAUGGUUGUCGUUAUUUAACAGAUAUAUCUGAUGUUAUUGGAAGAUUGGAAAAUUUAGAGAUCCUCAGCUUUCGUAAUUGCUCUAGAAUCUUAGAGUUGCCGAGGGAAAUUGGACUUCUUAAACAUUUAAGGUUGUUAGAUAUCACGGAUUGUUAUAAUCUUGAGAAAAUUCCACAUGGUCUCUUAUCGAGCUUAUCUAGUCUUGAAGAGUUGUAUAUGGAAAAUAGUUUUCGCAAAUGGGAACGAUCAGCAGCAGAAAGCGAAGAUAAGAGGAUGGCAAGCCUUGUUGAGGUGAUGUCUUUGUCUAAUCAUUUGAAGGUUUUAGUCAUAGAUAUACCCAAUUUCAACUUCUUUCCAAAAUACUUUUACUUGACAAUCCAGACAACAAUAAGAUUCCACAUAUCCAAUCAGUUGGGAUUUUCAACAACUCCAUCAACAAUUCAUGGUUGUUAUGCAUUCGAAAAUAAGUUGGAUAUUGUUAAAAGUGAUGCAACGGAAUUCAUGGAGAUUCAAAUUGUUCGACUCUUAUUUAAGAAAUGUGAAGAUUUACUCUUGGGUGAGAUUAAGAAUUUAAAGCAUGUCCUCAAUGAAUUAGACCAAGAGGGAUUGCGACACUUAAAAGUUUUAACAAUUCGGAACUGCCCUGAGAUAGAAUACCUUGUAAAUGGAGCAAGUUGGAUUCAACAAACAGCCUUCCCUCUCAUCCAAUCAAUCGAACUCAUUGGGAUGCCCAAGCUAAAAGCAAUAUGCCACGACCAACUUCCACAGAGCUCUUUUAUCAACUUAAGAUCUCUUGUAUUAAGUGAAUGCCCUGUUUUAAAAUAUGCCUUUUCUCUAUCAGUAGCAAGCAACUUGGUUCAACUCCAAAGCUUACUUGUUAGCUUAUGUCACCAAAUGAAAGAAAUCGUCUCAAAGGAGUGGAGGGAAGAUGAGACGGCAUUCGUUGGUUUCCCUAAAUUAACAAAUUUGACACUCUGGGGUAUAUCUAAUGAAUUCGUUGGUUUCUACGAAGCCAACAAGCUAUACUCCAACCAUGAGGUAACAACGCCUAAGGAUCAAAAUGUGGUAGGAACUUCAUAUGAUGUGCAUCAAUCUUCUAGAAGCUUUGAAAGAGCAGUAUUUCCAUCAAAGUGCAUUUUAUGGUUACAAAAUCUAGAAGAAGUGGAACUAUAUAAUGCCAAUGUAGAUGUGUUAUUUGAUCUGAAAGGCCACAUGGUUCCAGCAUUUUCUCAUUUACGAAAAUUGGAGAUUUUAUUGGAAUCUCCAUGUCAACACCUUUGGAAGAACAUUCCGUGUGGAUUCCAGGGCUUCCAAAACUUAAGAUAUUUAAAAAUAGAAGAUUGUCGUGAUCUUGAAGAGCUCAACAUAGCGGAAUGCAGGAAAAUGGAAACUAUAGUCAGAUCCGCAGAUGAAAAUGAAAAAGAGGAUCAGACGGGCAUGACUUUGUUUCCCAAACUAAAUAGUUUUGAUCUAAACGGGCUUCGGAGUCUUGAGAGUCUUUGUCCUGAUGCUUCUACUUCUUUAUGGUCAGCCGCCAAAGUUAUGUCUGUGCAAAGAUGCGACAAACUGAAGACAUUGGUUUCAGUAAUUCCACAAAUAAAAAAGUUGGAGAAAGAUUCAACAGCUCAUCACGAAGACGAAGACGAAGGUAUUUCAUCAGGAUCUUGUGGAUGUACACCUUAUUCAUGUGGCCCAAUGACCGAACCUACUUCAAGAAGAAAUGUUGUUCAAAUAUUGCCACGUCCAGUCAAUCAAGAGGUUGCACCAACAAAUCUUGAUCAAGACUCAAAUGAUUACGAUAAUCUAGAACGUCUUUCUGUACUAUCUUGUGAGUCAUUGGAAGUUGUUUUCCAACUCAAGGGACCAAAGGCUGUGGAAAGCCACAAUGUGCAAGCAUUCAAUAAGUUGUGUUACUUGUCGUUAAACUAUUUGCCAAGUUUAAUGCACGUAUGGGAAACGGGCGGUUCACAACAUAUCACAGGCUUCGGAAACUUGACAUUCUUAGGUGUAUCCGACUGUGGCAGUUUGCGAUAUUUGUUCUUGUCAACUGUAGCCAAGCUCCUUGUGAGUUUAAAGGACUUAAAAGUUGGGAAUUGUGAGAAGAUUGAACAAGUUAUUGCAAAAGCAGACACUGAAUGUGCUGAUCAGGAAAUUACAUUUCCUCAACUGAAUUCCAUGAGGCUUGAAAAUCUACCAAACCUCAUUUGUUUCUCUACUGAAGCUUAUACUUUGAAGUUGCCAUCUUUGAUGGAAUUGACGGUUGAAAGAUGUCCAGAUUUAAGAACAUUUGCUUCUAAGGUUGUCAACACACAUCCUAGAAUCCAAGUACACACAUGGUUGGGAAAGUCUGAGUGGAUGGGGGACCUCAAUAGCACUAUAGGGAACAUUCACGAAAAAAGGGAAACACAGAGAAGUGCAGAGCACGUUGAUGAGGAGGAUGAGUUCUCUUCUGAAGAAUAUAAUGAGGAACAAGUUGAUGAGGAGGUGAAUACAGACUCUACAGAGUGAGUUCUUGAAGUAUGGAAUAACAAGUUGCAAUUCGACAUCUCUAACCUCAUCAAUUCUUGAGAAACAAUCCUAUUUCAAUUCCAAGUAUUGAAGUGUAUUAUAAUUCAUGUACUGGAUUUCAUUUGUAUAUCAUUCAAAUGUUUGAGCAGAUCUGAUGGUUAAAGCAUAAGUUCAUGUAUUUUUUAGAGUUAUCAAGGAUUGAUGUUAAAUUC